AAGUUAUUUCUUAUCGUCGCAAAACCGGCGACUAAUCAGUAUUUGUUUCUUUCAGUGUAAACUACAGUCUACAAAAUGUAUUUGUUUUUCCUCAUACCGCCUUUCUAGUAGUUUUAUUAAAUCUGCUUAGCGGAAAAUAAAUUGCCGUCAUUCUACAGCAAAUUAUCAAGUUCAAGAGUCAAGACUAUAAUCAUAAAAACAGGCUUGACAGCUCUUUGUAAUGGAAAUUUCUAAAUUGCCUUUCUUACUCGAUUGUAUGCAUUUUGUUUCGACUCGAAAAAAUAAUUCAAAAUUUAUCAAAUCGUGACGGAGAGAAUAUGAGGUGCAGUACUGCAGUAGCAAUUUAAUAGUGGCAAGUUUCUGCUGUUCGUAGGCUGGUCCUCUGGGAAAAACAUUUCUCUCGGCGUGGAGGGUUGACGUUGGUCGUCGAAAGCUCAGCUACAAUGAAAUUCAAAUUCUGUGGAGGCGGAGACUGUCCGGAGUGGUUGCUGGUCCAGAUCAACGCUCUAUCGAGAAUGACAUCAAUUAAAAUGAAGCUUUUAGCGCAGCACACGGUAAAUUCAUUGCUCGACCAGCCGUUCAACUUCGAAAAAGCUAAGGAGCUUAUGGCCGAUGCUAAGCUGGAGGGAGAAAAUUGUAAAGCCUGUGUAGCAGCCAUCACGUUUAUUUUAAAGAAUUCAGCUUGCCACGCUGUGCCUCAAAACUACCUUACUAACGAAUUGCAACAGAUAGGUCUACCCCGUGAACACGCCUUGGCCUUGUGUAAGGUGUACUCGGACAAUCUGCCCGAAAUCACCAAAGCGCUGAAAAAUUCUUCUUUGCAAAUUGGCCGAGUCAAAGAUGUGGACGUAUCCAAAGAAACCGACGAUGAAUAUUCAAUGAAGUUGAAGUUUUCCAACGCUUUGGGUAAAUUGGAAGAGAAAAAAUUCGCCGUGACCAAAGAACAAAUUCAGCUGUUGAUCGCCGAGUUCAGCGACGUCGCUGAAAGAAUGACCGAGUUGGCCCAUGAGUGUAAGCAAUAGAAGGUUCAGUUCAGUUUGGGAAAACAAAUGUUGGCAAUAUAUAUACAUAUAUAUCUAUUGUAAAACUACAAAUUAUGUUUGUUAAUGUUAACAAAUUGGUCUAUACUAAGUAUUGUUUUCAUGAUGUAUAUGAUUUAAUAUACAUAUUUAAUAAAUAAUUUUUCUUAUAAAAUAUCGUUGGGCUUUGUUAUAGAAUAU